ACCUUAAGAUUUUCAUCUAGCUCAGUUGCCUCAGUAACACCACCUCAAAAACCCUGCUUUUCUCUCAAAACCCUUCUUCCUCUCUCUUCACCAACGGCCUCCUUCUUCCCUCACUCACUCCACCAAUACUCUUAAACCCCAUUUUCUCUCUCCUCCUCAAUUCAAUUCAAUUCAUCAUCUCCAAUUUCAAAAAAUGAGUUACUGUAUUCAUCAAAUUCCUGAAAAUUUCAUAUCACCUUCACUCCCUAAACCCAGGAAUCCCUCUUUACCCAAAUCAAUUUCUUCCCACUCCACCCUUUUCCACUCCAAGAACACCUUCUCUUCUUCCCUAAACUUGCGUCUCGCACGGCCAUGGAGUUUCAGGACACGGGCAACUUCUUCAACUAUUAAGGGUGAAGCAGAAAAUGGUGCUAAAAAAACCCCACAAACAGUUGUGCAGAAAACUGGGAAAAGAACUGAUUUGAAGAAGAUUAUGAUUCUGGGUGCUGGCCCAAUUGUGAUUGGACAAGCCUGUGAAUUCGAUUACUCGGGUACUCAAGCUUGUAAGGCGUUGAAGGAAGAAGGGUAUGAAGUUGUUCUGGUAAAUUCUAACCCUGCUACUAUUAUGACUGAUCCUGAUUUGGCUGAUAGAACUUAUAUAACCCCAUUAACCCCUGAUUUAGUUGAACAAAUUUUGGAGAAAGAAAGGCCUGAUGCAUUGCUUCCUACUAUGGGGGGACAAACUGCUUUGAAUCUGGCUGUUGCAUUGGCUGAAAAUGGGGCUUUAGAUAGGUAUGGAGUAGAGUUAAUCGGGGCGAAAUUAGAUGCUAUUAAGAAGGCUGAGGAUAGGGAGUUGUUUAGGGAGGCUAUGAAGAAUAUCGGUGUAAAGACACCGCCUUCGGGGAUUGGGAAUACUGUUGAUGAGUGUUUUCAGAUUGCCAGUGAGAUUGGGGAGUUUCCCUUGAUUAUACGGCCUGCGUUUACGUUGGGAGGGACCGGAGGAGGGAUUGCGUAUAAUAGGGAGGAGUUUGAGAUGAUUUGUAAGUCGGGUUUGGCGGCUAGCUUGACCUCUCAAGUGUUGGUGGAGAAGUCAUUGUUGGGGUGGAAAGAGUAUGAGUUAGAGGUUAUGAGGGAUUUAGCUGACAAUGUGGUUAUUAUUUGUUCAAUUGAGAAUAUUGAUCCAAUGGGAGUGCAUACCGGGGAUUCGAUUACUGUUGCUCCUGCUCAGACCUUGACUGAUAAGGAGUAUCAACGGCUUAGGGAUUACUCAAUUGCUAUUAUUAGAGAGAUUGGAGUUGAAUGUGGUGGUUCGAAUGUUCAGUUUGCGGUUAAUCCUGCUGAUGGGGAAGUAAUGGUUAUUGAGAUGAAUCCUAGGGUGUCAAGGUCAUCUGCACUUGCUUCUAAAGCUACUGGUUUUCCGAUUGCGAAGAUGGCUGCUAAAUUGUCAGUUGGCUACUCUCUGGAUCAGAUUCCAAAUGACAUUACAAGGAAAACUCCAGCUAGUUUUGAGCCUUCUAUUGAUUAUGUGGUGACGAAGAUUCCUCGAUUUGCAUUUGAGAAAUUCCCUGGUUCUCAGCCAAUUCUUACCACUCAGAUGAAGUCUGUUGGUGAGGCCAUGGCCUUAGGUCGCACAUUUCAGGAGUCUUUCCAAAAGGCAGUGAGAUCUCUGGAACUUGGCUACUCGGGGUGGGGAUGCGGCAAGAUAAAGGAAUUGGAUUGGGAUUUGGAGCAGCUGAAAUACAACCUCCGUGUUCCAAACCCUGAUCGCAUCCAUGCUAUCUAUGCUGUGAUGAAGAAAGGCAUGAAAAUUGAUGAAAUUCAUGAGCUGAGUUUUGUAGAUAAAUGGUUUCUCACACAACUCAAAGAAUUAGUUGAUACUGAGCAAUACCUUCUAUCUCAAAAACUGUCUGACCUCACGAAGGAUGACUUCUAUGAGAUAAAGAAAAGAGGUUUUAGUGACAAACAAAUUGCCUUUGCAACUAAAUCGACAGAGAGAGAGGUUCGUUCUACAAGGUUGUCAUUUGGUGUUACCCCAGCUUAUAAGCGAGUUGAUACAUGUGCUGCAGAAUUUGAGGCUAAUACUCCAUACAUGUAUUCGUCUUAUGAUUUUGAGUGUGAAUCAUCUACUACUCAAAAGAAAAAGGUGUUGAUCCUUGGUGGUGGGCCAAAUCGUAUAGGCCAAGGAAUUGAAUUUGACUACUGCUGCUGCCAUACUUCAUUUGCCCUUCAGAAUGCUGGGUAUGAGACCAUCAUGAUGAACUCAAACCCUGAGACUGUAUCCACAGAUUAUGACACAAGUGACCGACUGUAUUUUGAACCUCUUACAGUCGAAGAUGUUCUCAACAUCAUUGACCUUGAACGACCUGAUGGCAUUAUUGUGCAGUUUGGUGGUCAAACUCCCUUGAAACUUGCACUACCUAUUCAACAGUAUUUGGAUGAGAACAAGCUCAAAAGUGCUAGUGGGGCAGGCCUAGUUCGUAUUUGGGGAACAUCGCCCGAUAACAUUGAUGCAGCGGAGGAUAGAAAAAGGUUCAACGCUAUUUUAGAUGAGUUGAAGAUUUUGCAGCCGAAGGGGGGUAUUGCAAAGAGUGAAGCUGAUGCUCUCAAGAUUACAGCUGAUAUUGGUUACCCUGUUGUUGUGAGGCCUUCCUAUGUCCUUGGGGGUAGGGCAAUGGAAAUAGUAUAUAAUGACGAAAAAUUGAUGACUUAUCUUGAAAAUGCUGUUGAGGUAGAUCCAGAGCGACCUGUUCUGAUUGACAAGUAUCUCAUUGAUGCAAUUGAAAUAGAUGUCGACUGUUUAGCUGAUUCAUAUGGAAAUGUGGUCAUUGGUGGGAUAAUGGAGCACAUCGAGCAAGCUGGGGUGCAUUCUGGUGAUUCAGCUUGUUUUCUCCCCACCAAAACUGUUUCAUCUUCGUGCUUGGAGACCAUUAGGACUUGGACAACGAAAUUGGCAAAGAGAUUGAAUGUUUGUGGCCUCAUGAAUUGUCAAUAUGCCAUCACAACAUCAGGGGACGUUUUCUUGCUCGAGGCUAACCCCCGUGCAUCACGUACGGUCCCAUUUGUAUCCAAGGCAAUUGGGCACCCAUUAGCUAAAUAUGCUUGUUUGGUCAUGUCUGGGAUGUCUCUUGGUGAUCUCAAUUUCACCAAAGAGUUUAUCCCAAAACAUGUGUCUGUGAAGGAAGCAGUCCUCCCAUUUGAGAAGUUCUCUGGUUGUGAUGUGUUGUUGGGCCCUGAGAUGCGAAGUACUGGUGAAGUUAUGGGUAUUGCCUAUGACUUCUCGCUCUCCUUUGCUUUGGCCCAAAUUGCUGCCGGACAGAAACUACCAUUUUCUGGCACGGUGUUCCUGAGUUUGAAUGAUUUGACUAAACCUCACCUUCCAGCUAUCGCCCGUGGCUUUUUAGACCUUGGGUUCAACCUUGUCGCUACUUCAGGAACAGCUCGUAUUCUGGAAUUAGAAGGCAUACCAGUUGAGCGAGUAUUGAAGAUGCAUGAAGGGAGACCUCAUGCAGGGGAUAUGGUUGCAAAUGGGCAAAUCAAUUUGAUGGUGAUUACAAGCUCAGGUGAUGAUCUUGAUCAGAUUGAUGGACGUGCUCUGAGAAGAAUGGCUCUAGCUUACAAGGUUCCAAUCGUAACAACUGUUGCUGGUGCUCUAGUGACAGCAGAGGCAAUUAAGAGCUUGAAAUCUAGUCCUGUGAAAAUGUAUGCUCUUCAGGACUUUUUCCAAGACAAGGCAGAAACUGGUGCAUCUAAGAAAUUGCAGUCUGUAUCUUAAGCUUCAUAAGUUAUUAUUUGCACGAUCGAGGUAGGUAAUAAUUCCAGCUUCUCUAUUGCCGUUGUCAAACUUGGACAAGUUUAGAUUAAUUAUCAUUUUCUAAGUUUUAUCACUUUAUGUUGGAUGUUUUUGUAUCAUAGAUUAAUGGUUGUAACAUUAGUGAUUAAAUUCUUGGAUAUGUGUUGUCAAUGAAUGCCCAAAAUAAUUGGGGGCUAUUAACCUGUAAUCGAGAUACAAAAUUUUGAUUACCACUUCUCAGUUUGCUGAUCA